GUCAGCCACCAAUAGUUUUAUUUAUAGUUGAUAAAACCCGUUCAUAAGCUUUCUCUAUAGCUUACAUAGCAUGAACAUGGCUUCCUCAGCCUUAAUGUUAUUUCUUCUAGUCUUGUAUUUUUCAUUUCAAUUCUCAUCUUCUUUAGAUGCACUGAACAAAGGCUUCUCCUCUCUCUCAGUGGAGAAAGCUGAACAAGAUAUCAUUGUUUCAGAAAAUGGCAUGUUCUCCGCCGGCUUCUUUGAAGUCGGUGGUAAUGCCUUCUCCUUCGCAAUAUGGUUCACUACAAGGCCUGAUUCCCAAAACAUUACAACUCCUACCGUUGUUUGGAUGGCAAAUCGCGACCAACCUGUCAAUGGAAAGCGCUCAAAGCUUUCUCUCUUGCACACCGGCAAUCUUGCUUUGGUAGAUGCAGGUCAGUUCCAAGUAUGGUCUACUGAGACGGAGUCAAAUGUUCCAACCGAGUUACGUCUCGGAAAUGAUGGCAAUCUUGUUCUACGAGAGCUGCCAGGAGGACAUAUUCUGUGGCAAAGUUUUGAUUUCCCAACGGACACUCUUCUUCCCGGACAACAUCUCACCAGAAGUACACAAUUAGUUUCUUCAAGAACAGAGAGUAACCAUUCCUCUGGUUUCUAUAAGUUCUCCUUUGAUGAUGGAAACGUUCUCACCCUUGUUUAUGAUGGCCCUGAUGUGUCAAGCACUUAUUGGCCCUCUCCUGCGAUCACAGUUUGGCAAGCUGGAAGGUUUACUUACAAUAGUAGCAGAAUUGCGGUGCUAAAUCCUCUUGGAGCUUUUGAUUCAUCGGAUAAUUAUAAUAAAAGAACAUCUGAUUAUGGCGCGGUGCUGCCUAGAAGGUUGACAAUCGAUCAUGAUGGAAAUCUUCGAGUGUAUAGCCAAGAUCUAUCCCAAAAAUGGUACGUCUCAUUGCAAGCCAUUUCUGACAGUUGCACCAUUCAUGGGAUUUGUGGUGCUAAUAGUGUUUGCAGAUUUGAUCUUAAAAAGGGAAGGAAGUGCUCAUGUGUUCCUGGAUACAAAGUAAAGAAUCAAAGUGAUUGGUCUUAUGGGUGUGAAUCCAUAUUUGCUGCUACAUCUAAUGAAAGUAAGUAUUCAUACGACAAUGGUGCGGGCGUGUUCAAGUGCUAUACAAAAACACAAUUGCUCAACGGACAUUUUCCAGGAGCCGCAGGAACUAUAACCUACUUGAAAGUGCCCAAAGGGAAGAGCUUUCCCACCAGCUAUGAAGACUCUGUCAUCAGAAACAGUGAUUGUUCUGUGAAAAUUCAUAGAGAGUAUUCAAAAAAGCAUGUAAGCCGUUUUGUGAGCUUCCUUUUGUGGUUUGCCACUGCAAUUGGAGUUCUUGAAGCGGCUUGCGUCUUUGUUGUUUUGUUCUUAAUCAGGAGCCAGCACAAUUCUAGCAUAGAUCCACAUGGCCAUCAUCUUGCAACUGUGGGAUUUAGAAAAUUUAGCUAUUCUGAGCUAAAAAAGGCCACAAAAGGAUUCAGCCAAGAGAUUGGAAGGGGUGCAGGAGGUAUUGUAUACAAAGCUAUUUUGUCGGAUCAAAGAAUUGCUGCUGUAAAGAAACUCAAUGAUGCUAUGCAAGGAGAAGGUGAAUUCCUUGCUGAAGUGAGCAUCAUUGGAAGGCUCAACCACAUGAACUUGAUUGAAAUGUGGGGUUAUUGCGCCGAGGGAAAGCAUCGGCUAUUGGUGUACGAGUACAUGGAAAAUGGUUCUUUGGCAGAUAACCUCUCAUCCAAUACACUUGAUUGGAGCAAGAGGUAUAACAUCGCUCUCGGAACAGCAAGAGGUUUGGCAUAUUUACAUGAAGAAUGCUUGGAAUGGAUUUUGCAUUGUGAUAUAAAACCUCAAAAUAUUCUCCUGGAUUCAAAUUAUCAACCCAAGGUUGCAGAUUUUGGAUUGUCCAAGUUAUUGAACAGGGAUGUUCUCAACAACGAUCGCAAUUUCUCAAUGAUAAGAGGAACUAGAGGGUAUAUGGCGCCUGAGUGGGUUUUCAACCUAGCAGUUACUUCCAAAGUGGAUGUUUAUAGCUAUGGAAUUGUUCUCUUGGAGAUGAUAACCGGAAAGAAUCCAGCAUCAGAUAUUCAAGCAAUUAAUGGAGACGAACCAUACAAUGGGAGGCUAGUAACAUGGGUGAGAGAGAAAAAGAGAGAAUGUGCAUCUUGGGUGGAGCAAAUAAUGGAUUCUGCACUAGGGUCAAAUUAUGAUGAGAAUAAGAUGGAAAUUUUGGCUAGAGUGGCAUUGGAUUGCAUAGAAGAGGACAAUGAACAAAGGCCUACCAUGAGCCAAGUCGUUGAAAUGCUUCAAAGCCAAGAUUGUGAUCCUAAUGGUGGAGCAUAAUAUUAAUCAAAUUAUGCUCAUCAAACACUAAAAGUUGGACUUUCUGAGAGGACAAAGAAAACUUAAUAAUACGUUAUUAUAUGUAAUCUAGCGUGUUAUAUUAAUUAUAUUAUCAGUACUUGUGCAUGUUAACUUUUUAAUAAAUAAGUUAUAAAAGUAUAAUCU